AUGACGCCUGCUUCCCUCACCAUCCUUCUCGCUCUCGCCCUCCUCCUCCCCACCGCCAAAGCCACCUCCAUUGCCGUCGAAAGGCACGUCCCUCCCCUCGCUUACAAUGACGGCGAUAUCCUCACCAGCAACAUCAACAUCGCCAUUUUGUGGUAUGGCAACGUCACUACGGUGCAGAAGAACAAGAUCCUGGCCUUCCUCAAGUCCAUCAACGCAAAAAGCGCGCCCCAGCUCAAUGUCAACUCCUGGUGGAGGGUUGUGGAGAGCGACCAAACCUUUGCCAGAAAAAUACCGAGUCCCAUGCCAGUGAAAGUCAUGGCCCAGAAGGAAGACCCCAGCUACUCGCAGGGCAAAGUCUUGAUCAUGGCACUGAUCCCCGGCCUCACCGGCGGCAACAACAACCUUCUCGCCUUCAUCGUUGCUUCCGACAGCGUCACUUGA